GGAAACAUGCCUACAUUACGCAGUUAGCGCUAGAGAUCCAAUUGCCGCAGGUGAGGUCAAAUGCAGAGGGAAGGGAAACCGCGUUGUUGUUGACAGGUGCAGUGAACAAUAAUGUCUAGCCAUACCCGACGCGGAGAAAUGGAGACUGACAAAGUGGUGUUGUGUGAGAGCCUUGCUAUAUGGCUCCAGACCUUCAACACUGCAGCACCAUGUACGACUGUAGAGCUGACCACUGGAGCUGCCAUUUCUCAGGCCCUGCAUCAGAUAGAUCCAGCAUGGUUCAGUGAGAGUUGGCUUGGUCGCAUUAAAGAAGAUGUUGGGAAUAACUGGAGACUGAAGAUAAACAACCUGAAGAAGAUCCUUCAGAUGAUGGUGGAUUACUACAAUGAGGUCCUGAGCCAGCAGAUCCAGGAGUUUCCCCUGCCAGACCUGGUGAAGGUGGCAGAACACUCAGACCCUGUAGAACUGGGACGACUGCUGCAGCUCACACUGGGCUGUGCUGUCAAAUGUGAACGCAAGCAAGAGUACAUACAGAUCAUCAUGACUCUGGAGGAGUCUGUACAGCAUGUGGUGAUGACAGCCCUUCAGGAGCUGAUGAGUAAAGAGAACAUGGCCCAGUUUGGAGCAGAGCCACCGGGGGACGUAGAAUCACAGUUGAAGAAGGCUCUCGAGGACCUGGCAGAUCUGAUGGCAGAAAAGGAGGAGCUAGCCCAGCGCUGUCAGGAGCUCGACGUACAGGUGACGGUCCUUCAGGAGGAGCGUAACAGCCUAUUAGCUGAGAACGACGUGCUGACGGACCGAGCCAAUCAGCUGGACUCGUUUGAUAACCCGAGCACGCCCUCCGGACGGAAACACAGCCAGCUACAGAUACAGCUAGAGACUCUACAGGAGGAGAACUUCAGGCUAGAGGCAGCUAAGGAUGACUACCGUAUCCACUGUGAGGAGUUGGAGAAGCAGCUGAUCGAGGUUCAGCAUCGUAACGACGAACUCACCAGCCUGGCCGAGGAGUCACGAGCACUUAAAGACGAACUCGAUAUCCUCAGGAGCUGUUCGGACCGUGCUGUGAAGCUGGAGGCGUCAGCGGAGACAUACAGGCGUAAACUGGAGAACCUGGGAGAUCUGAGUAGACAAGUCAAACUGCUGGAGGAGAAGAACAUGACCUACAUGCACAACACUGUCAGUCUGGAGGAGGAACUACGCAAGGCUAACACUGCCCGCGCACAGCUAGAGACAUACAAGAGACAGGUCCAGGAGCUGCACCGGAAGUUGUCAGAGGAGUCUCGGCGGGCAGACAACCUGGCUUACGAAAAGAAGAAGUUUGAAGAGAAACAUGACGCCGUGAUGAGGGAGAAAGAGAGGAUCAUCAUUGAGCGAGACUCUCUGAAGGAGACCAAUGAGGAGCUGCGAUGUAACCAGGCUCAACAGGACCAGCUCCUACAAGCAGGGAUGGCAGGGAUGCCAGCUGGUAGUCCAACCCAUGAUAACCUUGCUGCUGAGAUCCUACCUGUAGAGUACAGGGAGAAGUUUAUCCGGCUCCAGCAUGAGAAUAAGAUGUUGCGUGUGCAGCAGGAGGGAUCAGAGAAUGACAAGAUCUCUGAACUACAGACACUGCUAGAGGUGGCACACAGAAACCAUUUCGAACUGGACACUGAGAACAGGUUAAGCAUGGAGAGGGUCACUGAGCUGCAGCAGCAGGUAGAGGAUUUACAGAAAGCCCUACAGGGCCAGGGAGCCAAGACUGAUGACUCUCACCUGAAGAGGAAACUGGAUGCUCAUAUGGUGCAACUGAACGAGGCGCAAGAUGAGAUCAUGAAGAAGAAGGAACUCCUGGAGGACUUGCAGCCAGACAACACACAGACCUCUCUGAGACUGGAUGAGCUGAUGGCUGCUCUGAAGAAGAAGGAUGAUGACAUGAGAGCCAUGGAGGAGAGAUACAAGAUGUACCUGGAGAAAGCACGCAAUGUGAUCCGUGCAUUGGACCCCAAGCUGAACCCAGCCACAGCAGAGAUCCAGGCUCUAAAGAACCAGCUGACGGACAGAGACAAGAGGAUCCUCAGUCUAGAGAGGGAGUGUGAGCAGGCAAAGCUGAGAGAGUAUGAAGAGAAGCUGAUUGUAACAGCAUGGUACAACAAGAGUCUAAGCUUCCAGAAGCUGGCGAUUGAGGCCCGUCUGGGGGGUCGCUCCACCUCCAUGGUGCCCCCAGGUCAGUCCUUCCUGACCCAGCAGCGCCAGGUCACCAACGCCGCCCGCAGGAACCUCUCUGUCAGCGUGCCUGCCACCACCACUAAGUAGACCUGGGAUGGGUGACUACUGAGGUGGGCCAGCGUGUGUACAGGCUCCUGCUAUUAAUGUUGAACCAUGAUUAGUUCAAUCAGGUUUGUUAGUGCUGGGCUGGAACAAAGGCCUGCUGACACUGCGGCCCUCUAGGACUGGGAUCUCCUACAUCUGACGUAAACAAACGAAUGGCUCAUCUCUAACUCCUUUCCAGAAAUGUACACUCAAGUGACCUUAAGCACAUUAGUUCUCAGAACCUGGAGAGGGGACAAGCAUGCACUAACUGACUUGAACAUGAGCACUUACUCUAACAAGGUUCCCUACUCACUGAUACUCCAGACGGUAACAGUUUUACGCCCCACUACAGUUUAGGAUGUUUAUAAUCUCCGGUAAUGAGUUUGGUCUGGCAAACCUAACCAACAUGCUUUAUUAGCUUAGCACAUAGCCUAGCACAUAACACUAACUGAGCCCUACAAUAUACCUGUGUUAGUUUUGAGAAUGACACAAAUAUUAAUUUUCACAAAGUUUGCUGCUUCAGUGUCUUUAGAUAUUUUUGUCAGAUGUUAGUAUGGAAUACUGAAGUAUAAUUACAAGCAUUUCAUAAGUGUCAAAGGCUUUUAUUGACAAUUACAUGAAGUUGAUGCAAAGAGUCAAUAUUUGCAGUGUUGACCCUUCUUUUUCAAGACCUCUGCAAUCCACCCUGGCAUGCUGUCAAUUAACUUCUGGGCCACAUCCUGACUGAUGGCAGCCCAUUCUUGCACAAUCAAUGCUUGGAGUUUGUCAGAAUUUGUGUUUUUGUUUGUCCACCCGCCUUUUGAGGAUUGACCACAAGUUCUCAAUGGGAUUAAGGUCUGGGGAGUUUCCUGGCCAUGGACCCAAAAUAUUGAUGUUUUGUUCCCCGAGCCACUUAGUUAUCACUUUAGCCUUAUGGCAAGGAGCUCCAUCAUGCUGGAAAAGGCAUUGUUCGUCACCAAACUGUUCCUGGAUGGUUGGGAGAAGUUGUACUCGGAGGAUGUGUUGGUACCAUUCUUUAUUCAUGACUGUGUUCUUAGGCAUAAUUGUGAGUGAGCCCACUCCCUUGGCUGAGAAGCAACCCCACACAUGAAUGGUCUCAGGAUGCUUUACUGUUGGCAUGACACAGGACUGAUGGUAGCGCGCACCUUGUAUUCUCCGGACAAGCUUUUUUCCGGAUGCCCCAAACAAUCAGAAAGGGGAUUCAUCAGAGAAAAUGACUUUACCCAAUUCCUCAGCAGUCCAAUCCCUGUACCUUUUGCAGAAUAUCAGUCUGUCCCUGAUGUUUUUCCUGGAGAGAAGUGGCUUCUUUGUUGCCCUUCUUGACACCAGGCCAUCCUCCAAAAGUCUUCGCCUCACUGUGUGUGCAGAUGCACUCACACCUGCCUGCUGCCAUUCCUGAGCAAGCUCCGUACUGGUGGUGCCCCGAUCCCGCAACUGAAUCAACUUUAGGAGAUGGUCCUGGCGCUUGCUGGACUUUCUUGGGCACCCUAAAGCCUUCUUCACAACAAUUGAACCGCUCUCCAUGAAGUUCUUGAUGAUCCGAUAAAUGGUUGAUUUAGGUGCAAUCUUACUGGCAGCAACAUCAUUGCCUGUGAAGCCCUUUUUGUGCAAAGCAAUGAUGACGGCACGUGUUUCCUUGCAGGUAACCAUGGUUGACAGAGGAAGAACAAUGAUUCCAAGCACCACCCUCCUUUUGAAGCUUCCAGUCUGUUGUUUGAACUCAAUCAGCAUAACAGAGUGAUCUCCAGCCUUGUCCUUGUCAACACUCACACCCGUGUUAACGAGAGAAUCACUGACAUGAUGUCAGCUAGUCCUUUUGUGGCAGGGCUGAAAUGCAGUGGAAUUUUUGGGGGGGGAUUCAGUUCAUUUGCAUGGCAAAGAAGGACUAAGCAAAUUAAUUGCAAUUCAUCUGAUCACUCUUCAUAUCAUUCUGGAGUAUAUGCAAAUUGCCAUCAUACAAACUGAGGCAGCAGAUUUUGUGAAAAUGUAUAUUUGUGUCAUUCUCAACUUUUGGCCACGACUGUAUGUCAUGGAUAGAGCAGGUGUUCCUAGUGUUUUGUACACUCGGUGUGUAUUUAGUCAGAUAUAUGUGAGUUAUUCUGUCUAUGGUUGUGCUAAAAACUAUGUUAUUCACAAUUGGAGCUUAUAAGAAAAAUGUGGUUUUAGAUGGCUUAUUUUAAUGCUGAAUAUAGCUGAUAUUAUAAUGUUUUUAUACUACAACAAAACGAUGAAUCAACUGCACUAUGCAGUUAAAGGAUGUUACAAUCAUCUUAUCAACCAUUGGACUACAAAGAGAGUUUGACCUCUGAUCUUCCUCUUCUGUGUUUCACAAUCACCAGAGUGAAAAUGGAAUACAGGAGAAAUGGGUGUAUUUGGUGCUGGCAACCAAAAGUUGGUAUUGCAGCACAGAUCGAUCCAUUACUAGUUUCUUACACAAAAGCAGUCUAUACUGCAGACCUGUGUCAACAUCCUGUAAUGCCAUACUGACACAAGCAUCUCUGGUGCUGCAACAACUAAUCAUUCAAUCAACUCAGAAAUCCAGGACUUUUUAAUGGUAUUUAUUUUUGAUACUGUGAUCUGACUACUAGAACUUAGCACCAGCUCUAUCGGAACAGUGUUGGGCCUUUACAGUGCCUUCAGAAAGUAUUCAUCCCCCUUGACUUAUUCUACAUUUUGUUGUGUUACAGCCUGAAUUCAAACAUUUAUUUUAAAAAACACACACAAAUUACCCAUCUACACACAAUAGCCCAUAAUGAUAAAGUGAAAACAUGUUUUUAGAAUUUUGGAAAUUUAUUGAAUUUCAUUUACAAAUAUUCACACCCCUGAGUCAAUACAUGUUAGAAUCACCUUUGGCAGUGAUUACAGCAUUGAGUCUUUCUGGGUAAGUCUCUAAGAGCUUUGCACACCUGGAUUGUAAAACAUUUGCACAUUCUUUUAAUUCUUCAAGCUCUGUCGAGUUGGUUGUUGAUCAUUGCUAGACAGUCUUGCCAUAGAUUUUCAAGCAGAUUUAAGUCAAAAUUGUAACUAGGCUAUUCAGAAACAUUCAAUGUUGUCUUGGUAUGCAACUCCAGUGUAUAUUUGGCCUUGUGUUUUAGGUUAUUGUCCUGCUGAAAGGUUAAUUUGUCUCCCAGUGUCUGUUACUGUUAACCAGGUUUUCCUCUAGGAUUUUGCUUAUGCUUAGCUCUAUUAUUUUUAUUUUAAAAAACUCCCUAGUCCUUGCCCAUGACAAGCAUGCCUGUAACAUGAUGCAGCCACCACAAUGCUUGAAAAUAUGAAGAGUGCUACUCAGUGAUGUUGUAUUUGGCCCAAACUUAAUGCUUUGUAUUCAGGACAUGAAGUUAAUUUCCUUGCCUCAUUUUUUGCAGUUUUACUUAAGUGCCUUAUUGCAAACAGAAUGCAUGUUUUGGAAUAUUUGUAUUAUGUACAAACUUCCUACUUUUUAGUCUUAUUUAGGUUAGUAUUGUGGAGUAGCUACAAUGUUGUUAAUCCAUCCUCAGUUUUCUCCUAUCACAGCCAUUAAACUAUAACUGUUUUAAGUUAAUCAUUGGCCUCAUGGUGAAAUCAUUGAGCGGUUUCCUUCCACUCCGGCAACUGAGUUAGGAAGGACACCUGUAUCUUUGCAGUGACUGGGUGUAUUGAUACACCAUCCAAAGUGUAAUUAAUAACUUCACCAUGCUCAAAGGGAUAUUCAAUGUCUGCAAUUUCUUUCUUUUUUGCCCAUCUACCAUCUACCAAUCUGCCAUCUGCCCUUCUUUGCGAGGCAUUAGAAAACCUCCCUGGUCUUUGUGGUUGCAUCUGUGUUUGUAAUUCACUGCUCAACUGAGGGGACCUUACAUAUAAUUGAAUGUGUGGGGGACAGAGAUGAGGUAGUCAUUCAAAAAUCAUGUUAAACACUUAUUGCACAUAAUGGGUCCAUGCAAUUUGUGACUUAAGAACAUUUUUACUCCUUAACAUAUUUGAGGCUUUCCAUAACAAAGCGGUUGAAUACUUACUGAGUCAAGGCAUUUCAACUUUUCAUUUUUUAUUAAUUUGUAAAAAUGUCUAAACAUAAUUUCACUUUGACAUUAUGUGUAUGGCAAUGACACAAAGUCUCAAUUUAAUCAAUUUUAAAUUCAGGCUGUAACAACAAAAUGUGGACAAAGUUAAGGGGUGUGAAUACUUUAUGAAGGCACUGUGUCUUGUGUCUGGAUGAGUAGAAGGGAAUCAACAGUAUAAUAGUCUAUAUAGCACUACUGUAAUGAGGGUUCAAACACCAGCUUGGGAUUUUAUAACUGCUUUCACAGACCUCGAAUGUUAUUGUUGUGCUAUGAAAUAUUGAAAUGUGGAUUAACUAAACCAGAAUCUAACCUUGUCCUGGAUGCAUUUAAUCUACAUUUGUGAAACCAGCUCCUAGAUUAAAUAUUGUUCCUCUCUGAUGAAGCAAAAA